UGAGAGUUUGAGAGCAUGAGUUCUUCCAUGGCCUUUCAAUUAGGAGCUUCUUCCUCCUUUUCAUGUCCUUCCAUCCAUUCAUGGAAUCAUGAUGUAUUCUUGAGUUUUAAAGGUAAAGAUGUUCGCCACAACUUUAUUUCUCAUCUAAAUCGUGCUUUGCGUCAAAGUGGAAUCAAGACUUACAUGGAUGGCGUCGACCUUGAAAGAGGAGAACAAAUUUCGUCAGAACUUUUCAAAGCUAUUGAAGAGUCACAAAUUUUGAUCGUUGUAUUAUCUAAAAACUAUGCAGAAUUUAGAUGGUGCUUAGACGAGCUAUUGAAGAUUCUUGAAUGUAAGAAAAUAAAGAAACAAAUUGUUCUACCAAUAUUCUAUAAGGUAAAACCGUCUGAAGUACGAGAACAAAAAGGAAGAUUUGGAGAAGCAUUCAUUAAACUUGGAAAGAAAAUCAAGGAUGCCAAAAAGUCGCUGCUGGAAUCCUGGAAGGAAGCUUUAGAAGAAGUAGUCAAUUUGUCUGGAUUGGAAUAUUUAGCUAUCGAGUAAGCUUUGCCUGUUAUAUGUUUGUGUGCGCAUAUAUAUGAUGCCAUUGAGAUAUUUAUUAUGGGGCAA